AGCAAAGAGCACAUUGUUAUUUCAAAUGACACUGAAAGAUACUUGACCAGUGUAUGGCUGGCCUGGUUUGUUCCUGCAGUGCACACUCUUGUAGUCGCAUUGAGCCUUCCUUUGAAUCUCAUGGCAAUCCUUAUGUUUGUGGUCAAAAUAAAGCUUAAGAAACCGGCUGUCGUGUACAUGCUCAACCUGGCUUCUGCUGAUGUGCUCUUGGCGAGUGUGCUGCCUUUUAAGAUUUCCUACCAUUUCUCUGGACACAACUGGACCUUUGGACCUGAAAUGUGCCGCAUUGUGACUGCCGCCUUCUACUGCAACAUGUACUGCUCCAUACUACUGAUGACGGCAAUAAGCACUGACCGUUUCCUGGCAGUGGCGUACCCGAUGCAGGCUCUGUCGUGGCGCACCGUCAGGCGUGCCUCUGUGGUGUGCUCUGUUAUCUGGCUUGCAGCCAUAGCUGGCGUUAUACCUCUGCUCAUCACAGAGCAGACAAAGAGAAUCCCUCAGUUAAACAUCACUACCUGCCAAGAUGUGCUAGAUAUCUCUGUUGUUAUGGAGAUACUUCGUUAUUAUUUUUCCGCAUCAACUAUCGUCUUCUUUUUCGUACCAUUAAUAAUUUCUGUCUCCUGUUAUGUUUGCAUUAUAAGGAACCUUAGCUCAUCUAAAAUUACUGCUGCAAAACCUGGUAAGAAGAGGCGGGCCAUACUCUUGUCUGCAGCUGUUUUGUGUUCUUUUAUUUUUUGUUUUGGGCCAGCAAAUGUCUUGGCCUUGGUGCAAAAUGUAUUUCUUUCACUGGAUCAAAGGUUCGAGGGUCUCACUUUUGCCUACAUCCUAGCUGUCUGUAUUGGAACCAUCAACUGUUGUAUUGACCCUUUGAUAUAUUAUUAUGCUUCUUCUGAGUGUCGAAGAAAGGUCAAAAAGCUCCUGUGCUGUAAAGAGCAUUCUGAUCCAGGAAUCUGUUCACAGAGU